UUUCUUUUGCUUAGUCGACGAUGGGUAUAAAAGAUUCGGUCACGAUCGAAUGUGAAUUUUUUACUCUUCCCGUAUAUUUGCGAAGCAUAAAAAAGAAAGUGUACUAUGUCUAGAGUUGAGUGUUAAAUUUGAUCAGAAGAAGACGAAGAAGUCAUCGUGGACGAGAUCUUUACGUUGGUCUUAAUUGUUAGCAUUUAAAGUAGAUCUUAUCAUAUUCAAUGGCUUCGAUGUGUGAAGAUAUUUGGGACACUGUUCAACUGUUAGUCCGCAAAAGAAUCAAGUCAAGUCUCAAUAAAUUUAUACGAUUUUCUUAUAUUCUGACAAUCGCAAAAAACAAAGAAUGCCUACAGUUAAGUGUACAUACAGUUUCGGUAUAAUUUCGCAGAUCAAAUUUGAAGGUAGAUGGUAAAGCGUCCGUCUAUAAAACCAAUACAUUCUACGACAUGUUGAAUAAAUUUAUCAUAGUCAUCUAUAAAUUUGAUGCCAACAAAAUCCCGAUCGAUGAGUUGACAGACAUACAAUUCAAUAAAACUUUGUCAUCAUAGUGCAUAUGUUAGUAGUGAUGGGUGUCUAAAAUUCAACCUAAAACGAGUAUAAGUUUCGUGCCUAUCCUUGCUUAGUACUAUCACGGAAGCAAUUAAAAGCUUGCUUAACAACGAAAUGCUUUUAUAAUUUUCAACAGCUAGUUAUCCUGAUAUGAUAUUUUAUACAUAUGUGAUUCAGAAGCAAAUAACGAGUCAAGGCUUCUAAUAGACUCUUCGGUCAUAGAACAGAAUUUUUCAAUAUAUACAACAUAUAUAUACAUACACCGAUGAAACUGGGAAACUUGAAACGACGUGAUUUUAUAGAUAAUGCGGUCAUCUUUCGACGCAGCCUUAUAUAUCAGACGAAGGAGUUUUUUGAAAAUUCCACUUUGCAUGGCGUGCGUUACAUAGCGGAGACUGGCCGGCCGACAAUAGAAAAAUUUAUGUGGUUCUGUUUUACGGCUAUUGGAACAGUAAUUGCUUUGGUGAUUAUAAUGAGUUUAUGGGAGAAAUUUCAAACGAAUCCCACUAUAACAGGUUUGGAUACCGAUUUUCAUAAUCAAAAUGUAAUCUUCCCUACAACGGUAGUUUGUCCAGUGGAAGCUUGGGAUCAUAACAAAACGUAUAAUUUCGUGUAUAAUACUUUAGCGAACUACGAGGAAUCGGCGGCCAAUCGCAUUGUACCCUUUUUGGAAAGUUUACCAAAUUUAAAUUUCGAAAAUCUUCAUAAAACGGUAGCACUUGGCAUAUUAAUAGGAAAUGAAUUGAAUGGACGGACAUUAAGGCAAUGGGCUUUUCAGGUUACAUUGCGAUGUGAAGACACACUGGCGGAAUGCAAAUUUCGCGAUGAGUACUUUGAAUGUUGUAAACAAUUCUUGCCGAUUUAUACCGAACAUGGUUUCUGCUAUGCCUUUAACAGUCGUUUUUAUUCGAAGGAAGAUUCUGAUUUAAAAACAGAAGUUCAAUACGAUUUAUACGAAACUGAUAAAAAAUGGGCGUUACUAUUUGAACUUAAUGUUAAGGCUGAUAUUUAUGUGUUUUCGAAUGAAGAUUAUUUCGGUAAAGAAUUUAAUCCACAAGUUACUUGGGAUCUCGACCAGUUUGUUGAAGUGCGCAUAUCUAAAAAGAGCACCUAUACUACAGAUGAAUCUCGCCAGUUGUCCAUAAGCCAACGUAAAUGCAUAUUCUAUGAUGAAGUUAAACUUCAAUAUUUCCCCGAUGACUAUACAUUUUCGUCAUGCAUGAAAGAGUGUCGCAUGAGAAACGCAAUAAAAUUAUGCAAAUGUUUGCCACCCUUCUAUAGACCGACACCGGAUCUCAGAUAUUGCGAUAUUAAGGAACUGAGUUGCUUAGAGAAACAUAAACAAAACAUUACACGCAACAAGGAUUGCCGGCACUGUGAACUUGGUUGCUCUAAAACUGUUUAUAAUAUUGAAAAAUUAAUGAAAAGUACUGAAAAUCCUGCAUAUCAUGGCGUAUUAGUUGAGUUUCUUACUUGGCCGAUAAUUCGUUAUAAACGUGAAGUACUUUUCGGUUGGGUGGAUCUGCUGGUAUCGUUCGGUGGUAUAGCCGGUUUAUUUUUAGGAUUCUCUUUGUUAUCCGGUGUGGAAAUUAUCUAUUAUUUCACCAUAAGAGCUUGCUGCAUGGUUUAUAAGAAUCGAGUAAGAUUUUCCAAAAACAGAAAAAAUUUUUAUUAAAAAUUUAUUACACUUUCCUGCUAUUUCGACGAACACAGCAAGAAUUAAUUGAAACGGAAGAAAAAAUACGUAAUAAACCGCCAGCACCGAUUAAUAUGAAGUUAAGCACCCAAGCGUAUAACAGACAACAAGUUAUCUCGAAAAUUGAUAAGCCUAGCAAUGUCCAAGAAAUUUCAGUAAUAGAAAGCAAACUGAGUUAUGAUAAGCCACCGAAUUACAAUGAGGCAACCUCGUCAAGACGUCGACCUGAUAAGGUAUAAAUAAUCGUUCAUAUAUAGCAUAAUAUUUUAAAAUGUUUUUCCUAUGAUUUAUUCUACAUGUAGAGUAAUCUUAAAUAUCCUAAGGCCACGUUUAAGGCUAAACAAGCUUUACCCAGCUUUGGUAAUGGAAACAGCACUACUUGGCAGU